AUGAACUGUGAAGACGAGAAGGAAAAAAUUAAUAACUCUGUGACGGUUUACACGGGCGAAAAGAGGAGCGAAAAAAAACUUCCCUUUUUCAACGGAUUUGAUGACUUCAAAAUCGAUUAUUCUUUCCACAAAAGAAAAAAGUCUUCUUCUGGUGCAAUAAAAAACUCAUUACACGAUGGGAAUGAUAGCAACUGGGAUGAUAAAAAAGACGAUCUAAAAAAGUUGAUUCAAAUUAUAAACCAUAACUACAUCGAUAAACAUUUUUAUUUUAAAAAAUUAAGCAUUCACGAUUUGUACAAAAUAUUUGUCUACUCAAAUUUUUUAACAAAGUCAUUAAUUUUAUAUCCUUCUUUGAUUCCUCAUUUUGAGGGUAUUAUUGAGAAAGUGAAAAAAAUAAAAAAGGAAGCUACCUUUCCAGGAGUCGAGGGUGACCAUUUUGUGUUUCCUCCCCUCGAUUCACCCCCCAACGAGGGUCAUCGGCUUGGGGCGAGCAGAUUCAUUCAGACUGCCGCCUUUAGCAGUGGUCCAGUUAAAAAUGAAAGAAAUGAGAGGGAAAAUGCGUCACAAAAUGGAGCGGAACAGACGGCCCAACAUACGGCGCAAAAUACCACACAAACCGGGGAAAAGAAAGCCUUUCUGCUGGGCAUCGGAAAGGACGCCAGGUCGAGGAACAGUUUCAUAUCUACUGAAUUAGACCAAGCAGAAAACGACAUUGGGAAAGGCGCGAACACACGAGGAAGCAACACAUAUCGCACAAGAAAUAACCAUAAAGGGGCGCCUACCGAUGCUGGAAACACAAACUGUGACAAAAUAAACACUGGGUCAUUCGCCAAGCCUGACGAUACAGAUAAAAAAUUUCCCAAUUGUAAUUACAAAAGACAAGUAAUAGAACAAAAGAAGAACACAGACUUCUUUCCAUAUGAUGGACCAUCCAAUUAUGCACCUAAAAAUGUAGAGAUACAAAAUGUUGCUCACAACUCUAAAGUGAACGUGAAGACCCCCCGUCCUAUCCAUAAUAGCCACACGAAGAAUGCCAACUGUGAGUACGAUCGAAGUAAUGGAAAUAAUGCCAUAAGUAGAGACAAUCCUAGCCUGUCCAUCCCAUUAGUGGACAAAAAUGUUCGUGUUUAUAAAAACAUAAAUGAAUAUGACAUAAUUGAGCUCAAAAUAAGCGCUUCUUUUAACAACAAAUAUAUAUGCCGCUAUAUAGGCAUCCACAGCGGAAUGACGUUAUACAACAUACACAGAUGCAUCUGCAUAUGCUUGGGAGUCAAAAAGGAAGACACGGACAACUACUUGCACGUUUUUAUAUUAAACAAUGGAAACAUUUAUGGGAGCGGCAAAAAAUGCAGCGUUAGCAUCAUCAGGAAAAUACAGAUAAACACGGAUCGACACAUUACCUUCAAGCACAUAGUCAAGACCCCACUCUAUCUCUACAAAGCAAAGGACGCAAGUAAAAACCACUUUUGCAACGAUUUUCCCGUCAACUGCGCAAACACUCUCGAUGACAAGGCCUGUGUGAAUGGAGGAAGUCAGUACGGCGGAGAGAGCAAUCCGAACGAGGGGAUGCACAGCGAAAAUGAGAGCAGUCAAAAUAGUGGCGGCCCCAACGAGAACAAACCGAAUGAGAAGAGUCCACAUGAGAAGAUCCCCCAUGAGAACAUCCCGUAUGGGAGGAGCCCCGAUGAGAGCAGCCCAAACAACAGUGACCAACGCAUCGGUAACGCCAACCUGUACAACCCAGACCCCCACAGCAGAAACCUGGGUGCCAAUGUCAACGUAAUGGACAUUUCAAACUUUGGGCAGUCCAAGAAUGGCCAAACUUUUGUAGAAUCAAAUGCCAUGCUUAAUUAUGACAUGCUGAACAGCGUGGACACUGUAGCAGAGAUGAACCAUUGCAAUGUAAGUAUACCCACAUUAGGUACCAUUGGUAAGGCAAAAAAGUUUUCCAAUUUAAGCAACUCGUCCAGCAGCUUUUACAGCCAUUUGGAUAGCAACACCCCCUACAACCUUAGCGAUAAUAUUAGCAAUAAGGGAAAGAGUAUCUCCCGCGAGAGUCUGAACAGGGUGGCAUGUAACAGGAUCAUGCGCUUUAGCCACAGUAGCGAACUAAGUGCGACAGCCGUGGGGGAAUAUCUGCCUAAAGACGCAGGUGCCAACAUAAACAGUGGACAUUCGAACGGAGGUAGCGCAAAUCAAAACUGCCCCUACGACCCAAGCGAAAACAACAUCAACGUUAGUAACUUCCCCAUUCAGAGAAAAAAUAUGAAGACGAAGGAAGCUUCAAAUAAUUUCCACUUGAAUGAAGCUCCAAAUGAUUGGCACUUGAACGGAUCUUCAGACAAUUCCCAUCUGAACGAAUACCACUCCGACUUGCAACUACAAAAAGAUGGCCAAAAAGUAAGCGAUAAUAACGACUGCGAUGUGAACGGUCCACCUUCCAGUGAAAACUACGCAAGAGAGGAUGCCCAAGGAAUAGAGGACGCUACUGCGGAAGAUGACUACAAAAGGGCAAAGUGCAAAAAGGGACCAUAUCACGAAAAUUGGAACGAUCAAAAUGGAAGGCAUAUGAACCGCAAAAACGACAAUCCCUUCCUCAGUAACGAAUCCACCUAUGCUAACACGACCCAUGCUGACGACCACCCCCUAAACAAGCCCCGCGAAGAAGCACACAAAGUAUUAUCUCCAAACACUGGUAGAGACACCUGUUACCUUUACAUGAAUAGUCAAGAAGAAAAUCCGAGUUGCAUGUUUAACACAAUUUCGAGGGAUGGCAGCCCCUACAAGCACGCCAUGUCUGCCAUCUCACCUACAAAAAGUGAUCACCCCUUCGGCGCCAGCAAUAAUUACACAUUCAGCGCGCAACAGAAUGAUGCCCACAGCUACCAUCUUAAUGGAAUGAAAACCUCUGAACAACAUGAAUUCGAAAAUGAACACCUGAAGUCAAAUUAUCUCUAUUCUAUAAAUGUCUCCCCCCAGUUUAGCGGCCAUAUGAAGUUCAAUCCCGCACUUAGCAUGCACAAUUUGGAUGAAAAAAAUGGGGUACAAAAUGGGGUACAAGAUGGGGCACAAAAUGGGGCAAAAGGUGAGGCACAAACGGGGCAGAUCAUGGACGAUAGUGACUACCCAACAAUUGAUAGUAAUUGCCGAGAUGAUGGUCCCUCGAGCCGUUUUUUCUUUCCCACGAGUGCUCUUCCCGACUAUCCCUACAACCUAAACGGGCUAAAUACGCCAAAUUGUUUCUUUUAUAAACACGAAAAGCACCUCACUGUUAAUAGUAACAAUUCACCAACCGCCUAUAGCUACAAUGAUCCCAUGUACAAUCAAGAUAACCACAUAGACUAUCAAAAUGUAAUGAACAAUACUUUUCUUGAGAGAGACUUCUCCCAUGUUAGCAGUCCCAAUUGGUGCAUCCCAUCUCAUCACUUUCCCCAAUCAAAUAAUGCCCCUUAUACGAAUGGAUCCACCGCGAGCUCCUACAUGGACAAUUCAUUUGAAGCUUCUCCUCUUGAUAACACUUUCAAUCCCCAGCAGGCAAACCACUACUGGGGUGAUUCAAAAUACCAAGCCGUCGAAUCAUCUAAGACCUGCAAGAAUAAACACCAUUUAGAAAUCUCCGAACGAACGAAAAAUAUAGACGCUGCUGAAUGUUGUGAUGCCACAGCUGCACGGGAUAACGCCAUGAUAAACAUACCACAAAAUGGCGAUGGAAGCGUAACUAAAAAUUAUCCCCCCUCGGGAAAUUACAAUUCCACCUCUAUAACACAUCUAAGAACCCAUUUGAACAGAAAAAUGGAGAAUCAAGAGAAUCAUCCAGAGGUCCUAAAAGAAACAACUGAAGACUUGGGGAAAGAAACACCCCAAAAUUGUGUUCAACCCGACACCUUGCAACGUCACUCAAGUGGGAGCACCACUGAAGAGGGCGAACCGAAAGGAACAAAGGAAAGUGCUGCUAAAGAUUGCAUAAACAGGGAAGACUCACGUAGGGAAAACCCCCCUUUGGAAGAUGCCAAAAGCUACAAAGGCGUACAAUGUGGAAGCCUUCCUGAAUGUACUAAAAACCAGAAUGAUGCCCCACGCAGUAAAGACCAAAUGAAUCACAGGGAAAACAUCAGAACGAACCGCGCAGCAUACCACAAUGACCCAGAGGGACUAAAAGAAGGCCAACUAAAGGAGCAGAUCCAGAAAAUGAAGGAUAGCCCCCUUGUGGAAGGAAUAAAAAACAGAAAUACGCAAAAAGAGAGUGAAUCCUCCCAAGACAUUAUCAAUAGCGAUCGCGAAGAAGAACCAGGCGAUUUUAUCAACAGCAACGAUACGGGUGAGAGAAAACCAAGCGCCACUCUCAGUUCUCACAGCAAAGAUGACGAAAAUGCUAAGAGGGGCGGAACAUCCAACCCUCCAACUUGCAACGCCGUAUAUGAAGGAAAAUUUGGAGAUGCUACACCUGCCCAAGUGAUCCACCAGGAAAUCAGCACGAAAGGGAAAUUUCCCGAAAUAGAAAAUUCACACAUCUGCAACAUUUCAAACACAUACGAUGAUGCUAAGGAUAGCACUCCCGUUAGAACAGAACAAAACGAAGAUUCCAAUUUUUACAACAAUUUUAAGGAUACAGAACGUGGAAAGAGUGGACAUAAAUCACACCAACAGGUUGGGUGCAACCAUACAGGAAAAUCUCACCCCCAGAAAAAAGAUAGAAAUGAACAGGAUUAUUCAUAUUUACAAAAUGGAGAGUACACAUCACAGGGUACCCACCUUGUCUGUGAACAAAAUGGAAGCAAUUUCCCUCCCAUCACUUUAGUUCAAAGAGAAAAUAUAAAAAACGGCUCCACAUAUCAACACACACAUGGGGGGGAAACAAACCUGCAAGGAAAAACGGAAGUCCUUCGUACAUCCACUGAAAAUUCAACCAGCAGGGAAUUACUCCAUUUUAGAAAGUUAAAUGGAAAGAAUGCCACAACUUGUGCAGAUGGACCAAUCUGUACGGAUGGAUCCACCUGUACAGAUGUACCAAGCCGAGGAAGGAGCACAAAGGAACCCAUUUUAGGUGGCGAAAAAAUGGAAUCAAAGGAACAACACAAAAAUUCGACAAUUGAUAAAAAGGAGAAUUACGAAAGAGAUAUAAAACAAGGAACUCAAAUAAUUCUCAGAAAUGAUCAUUUUCACCAAGACAAUGAAGGUAGCCAUCCUUUUACAUCUGAGCAAAGGGGAGAUAUUCCCCCAAACGGCCUUACCGAAACGGAGCAGCUCAUUCUAGAAUACCAUCCCCACUUAAAUGAAGAACUCAAUAGUGAAGAAGAUUUUCCUCCAUUGAACGAGCAAAAUACGUAUUUGCAGCAUAUAAAAAAGAUGGUUCUAAUUACUCCACACGAAAGUAGCAGUUGUGUUACCACCAACAUUCCCACUGGACCCAUGCACGCAACUGAACUUAGCGAAUUAGAAAGAGAAGACAAAUCCAAUUUAUGCCUCCACCAAAAUGCAAAAACGGAUUGCAAACAGUGGGAACACAACUUAUAUAAGGAGCAUUUUUACACCAAUAACAAAAUGAAUUAUCUAGAAGGAAACAUCACCCCGUGUUGUAGUAGCUCUCCCAUGACUGGAGGUAAUGCCAUCCCAAAGGACUUCACCGAUAAUUUUCACAAGACUGACCUUCUGGCAGACUACGACCCAAACAGCAAAUGCACCAACGAGAUGGUUAACAAAAAUCAAUAUUCCCUCAACGUAGAAAAUAAAAACAGUGCCUAUCCUAUGACGUCACUUUCUUUUAAAAAGGAUCUUUCAAAUACCACGUGCAUGCAAGUGGAAAAUGCAGAAAACGACCAUGGGAACAAUGACCAUAAUCCCUAUUACAUGAGUAUGGUAUCGAUGAAUAAUCAAAAUGUGAUAGACUUCUUCAGCCAGGGAAAGCGUGACGCGAAUAAUGGCAGUCUGCACACAACUUCAAACACCCUUAUGACCGUGGACACGGCAGUGGACACGACCGAUUAUAUGCACAGCAUCGAGCAUAGCAUGCAGCAGAGCAAUCCGCAGGGCAGUUCAAACAACACUCAGCAUAGUUUUCAGCACAGGAGUCAGCAUGGCGAGCAACGGGGCAGCCAACGGGGCACCCAACGGAGAGACCAAUGGAGCAAGUCCCUUAACACCAACCUAGGCGCAGAAGGAAAAACCACCUACUUCACCCAUUUUAACAGCCCCGAACGGGUCAACGAAAACUAUCAGCGCACUUACUAUAACAUUAUGCCAAGUGAAAAGGCGCUACCGGAACAACCUCCAUUCUACGUUGGCUCAAAUUACCUGCACAAAGAAGCCCAUCAUAGCAAGUUCACCUCGUCCCUGGGUGAAGGUCAGAAGGAAAAAAUUGUACAAAGGAACAAUUUCCAGCUUGACAAAAGUAGAAGAGGGCGGAAUAUCAGAAUGGGCCCUAACAAGCAAUGCGUUAAUCAUGGUGACGGGGAAAUAACGCACAGCAACGAAAAUGUCUGCCCCGAUCCUGCAUCUGCUAUGGCAUCGUCCCAUGCUUCUACCACCGGUGAAGGUGUGAAUUGUUCGACUCCACCAGCCAUGCAUGCACCCCACACUAACUAUACUAACCACACUAACUGUGAAGACGAGUUUAGCGUGCAAAGGAACCUCCAAUACGAUCACCGCGAUCUGUGCGGCUCACAGAAACCGCGUUACCACCCACUCUACUGUCAAAGUGAUAACCUCAUAAACAAUUACAGUGACUAUUCGGGCGAUGCGUCCACCUACAUGAUGAAUAGCAACGCGAAUGACUAUUCCACUCCGUUCAGCGUGGGUAGCCUCAGAAAUGCAGACAAUAAUGUCAUAAAGGAGGAAACGUACUAUGGUAGUGUGAACCAGGGGGGAUACCUACACAUGAACGAGGCAGGGAGGCACAGCACAACGGUGGGCACCUUCAUGCAUGUGGACGGAAUGAAACAAAGAGGUUGUGCCACGACACACGAGAUGGCUUCUAAUGACUAUGUCCAAAUCAUGCCUCAUGAGGAGAACAUCAAUUCGAAGCACCUGCGAGACGAUAACCUCACGAUAGAGGAAUGCAUAAAUUCUGCCUAUGCGAAGGGAGGAAACGAAAGGGGCGCCCAGCAGAAGGAAAGAAGCAGCGAGCAGAAGGAAAGAAGGAACGAGCAAAGGGAAAGAAGCAGCGAACAAAGCGAAAAGGCCAGCGAACAAAGCGAAAGGGACAGCGAAAAAAGCGAAAGAACCUUCGAAGAGAACAAAUCGAGCUUUUCCAUGCUGUACCUCUUCGGAAAAGUAAAAUUCAAUAUUAGCAUCAUAGACAUCAUACAUGACAAAACCAAUUCGCAUGACCUUCUGUGGGUCCCCAGAUGCUGCAAUGGAAGCUACGGGACGUUCUUAAAAAAUAACUACUUAAACGCCAACGAAAUAGAGAAGCAUGUGCCAGAAGAGCACAUCGAUAUCGAUUGCAUAAACCUGAAGCUCAUGGAAACAAGGUUCAGCAAAAAUGUGGCUAGCUCAAGAACCACCAAAAGGAAAAGGAUGAUUGACAUUGACAAAACGGUGCUUCACUUUUACAAAGAACACAUUAGCGAAUUCUUCAACAAUAAAAAUAAAAUCAUUAGACUCACCAAAAAAUUGUGCAAGUAUAAGAAAAAACGGAAAUAUAAUAGCAGCGAUAAUGGGAAGAGUACCGCGAAGGGUGCCUCGAAGGCUACGUCCAAGGGCACGUCCAAGAGUAACGGAAAGAGGGACGAGGAAAACAACGCUCACCCCUACGAAGAGAGCAGAUGUGUUAGCAGCAAGACAGCCAGUAAAACUAAAUAUAAGGGGAAAAGGAAAGUAAGCCGCCAGGCUUCCCUUGGCGAGGACGCCAAGGUGGAUCCCAGCAUGGACGGUGAAAAUGGUGCAGACCGCAGCCAGGAAAACGAAGAAACAUGUGAUCAUUUAAAUGACGCAGACUGUAGCCACCAAAAUGACGCCCCCAAUGAGUCAGACACUUAUGCGCAACGUUACGCUCCAAACUAUGCCGAUCACCAGGCGAAGCCCAACUAUUAUCACCAACGCAGGGAUGACAACAGAGACUACUACCACUGCCGCACGCCAGACGAAUUCAGCGCGAACCAGAUGCAUGCAGUAAAUGCAGCCCAACAAAACUACCUCUUUAACGAACACGUGAACAGAAACGUCAACAAAAUGGCAAUACAAAAUGACCUUCUCCAAAACGGGCAAACCUUUAACGACCCUUUUGUUAAUAAUAUGUUGGGUGAUAUGUCAACCCGAAACGUAAGUAGAAAUGAUUUUUUCCCAAAUAUGAUGUAUCACCAUUUUAGUGAACAAAGCGAUGUUUUCUCGACUCACCAUCAGCAUAAUCAACAUCAGCAUAAUCAACAUCAGCAUAAUCAGCAUCAGAUUAAUCCGCAUCAGCAUGAGAUGGGGACGUAUACAAACCUUCGUGAGAAAGGCUCCCCAAAUGGCACACCUCUCAGCAGUCUCCCUCCAACCACCUACUACAACCAGCCGACUAGUCAAUAUUUCUUUAACAACAAUCCAAACACCUUUAAAUCAAACUUUGCAAAUAAUUCGAGUAGGCGAAAAGGAAAAGAUCAGACAAAAUCUCAAAUGAGUUCCUUCAACGCUAACAAUGCAGACACGAAAAGUGCACUGAACUUAUCUCAGAUACUUGAAGGCAAUAAUAAUUUUAUUAACAUUUCCAACACCUUUAUUAACACAAAUUUUGCUAAAGAGCUUCACCAGACGAACGAUCUGUUGGUCAAUCAGAACAACUUCGAUUUGAAUGUUAUGUCUGGCGGGUUAAAUGCGAAGCAGUUUACACAGUAG